CUUAUCAACGCUCGUAUGGGGAGCCAAGCAUAAUUCUAUAUUUCGGUUGGAGCUUCAGCUAUCAGUCUGUGUCUAGGUUUGGUUGCAAUAAUGAGUGAAACAACUGGAAAGGUCAUCACAUGCAAAGCUGCCGUGGCUUGGGAGCCCAAUAAGCCGCUUACGGUGGAAACUAUCGAAGUGGCUCCACCCAAAGCCGGAGAAAUUCGCAUCAAAGUUGUGGCCACUGGUGUGUGCCACUCGGAUGCUAGUUUCUUGAGUGGGUACGACCCAAGUAUUCGCUUUCCAGUUAUAUUUGGCCACGAAGGGGCUGGAAUUGUGGAAAGUGUCGGUGAAGGCGUAACAAAGUUCAAACCAGGAGAUCAUGUGAUUCCAUUGUUCAUUCCGCAAUGCUUCGAGUGCAGGCCCUGCAAGAACCCCAACACAAAUCUAUGUAAGAAGAUGCGUUUGAGUGCAGGAGAUUUAUCCGAUGGUACAUCUCGAUUCACUUGCAAGGGGAAACAGGUGUUUCAUUGUAUGAGCACUUCGACAUUUUCUCAGUACACCGUUGUAGAGGAAGAUUAUUUGUGCAAGAUUGAUGAAUCUGCACCAUUGGACAAAGUUUGUCUAUUGGGAUGUGGAAUUUCGACGGGAUACGGAACGGCACUGAACUCUGCCAAAGUUAAUAAAGGAAGCAGCUGUGCAGUGUGGGGACUUGGAGCUGUUGGAUUGGCCGCAGUUAUGGGUUGCAAAGCAGCAGGAGCUACUAGAAUCAUUGGCGUCGACAUCAACCCUGCCAAGUUCGAAAUUGCUAAACAGUUCGGUUGUACAGAAUUUGUUAAUCCAAAAGAUUAUGAUGAACCUAUUCAACAGGUGCUUAUGAAGAAGACACAGGGUGGGUUAGAUUACACGAUUGAAUGCGUUGGUAAUGUGUUGACAAUGCGUGCUGCACUGGAGUCAACAGCUCCUGGUUGGGGAGUAUCGGUGAUUGUUGGAGUAGCCGAGUACGAGAGUGAAGUAUCUACACGUGCAAUGGAGAUGCUUCUUGGUAGGACAUGGAAGGGCGCUGUUUAUGGAGGAUGGAAAAGUGUUGAAUGUAUACCGGAGCUUGUCAACAGGUACAUGAAGCAGGAAUUAAUGUUGGAUGAGUUUAUUACCCAUACUAUGCCAAUCGAUGAAAUAAACGAAGCAUUUAGACUUAUGCGAGAGGGAAAAAGUAUUCGUUCAGUUAUCAUAAACUAAUUACCCAAAUGAAACAGUAUUGCAUUAAAAUGAAUAAACUGAAUGUAAUAAAAAUAUCGAAAUAAACAUAGUGAUGAAAGGUAAUGAAAAUUAUUUUUGAUGCAAGA